UCUAAGUUGGGAAGCUCAUUAAUUAGCGGGCCGGGGGUAGGAGGAGCCGGCUGGAAUUAGCCUGCCUAAUGCGCCUGUCAGUCCGGGCGCUGCGCCGGGCUCGGCCCGAGCUGUUUGUAAAUUACAUUAGCGGCUCCUUUAUUGCACCCGAACCUCGGGCGACUGAAAAGCCACCGCCCCCACCCCAAACUGCGAGCCGCGCUCCUGGCGCACCCGCCUCCCGCCGGCCUAGCCGCAAUGACAGCACCGGCCCAAAGGUCUCGGUCUCUCCGACCCGAGAUGUGGAGCCCGAAAGGGUGGUGGGAACCCCAGCCCGGGAGGGACGCGGCCGCCGCGCGGGCCAGAUCCCCUUAUCCAGGCCACCUUUGGAAACCAGCCCACCUGCUACACCAAACUUUUCCCAACACUGUGGUCCAACCCCUACCUCCACUGCCAAAAAACUCCAUUGUGUGGGGGUCUGGAAUCUUCUGGACUCCUGGGAGCCCAACCCGCUUGCCUCUUGUACCCCUCUUGCAGAGCAAUGAGCCGAUGGGGUGCCGGGCGUUAGAAACCUUCCCUCCAAUCCUCACCAUGUCUCCAUUUUGCCAAAGAAGAAACUGAGGUUAAGGUCGCGAUGCUCUGGCCAGCAUCACAGGUGGGAUUCGAACGCAGAUGGGGUUUGGAGCGGGUCUUGUGUUUAAGCCACACAGUCUGACGUCAGACGGGCGAAUCCAGCCCUCGCAGGGCCUGGAGUGACCUAAGCCGAGAGGAGCUGGGCUGAAUCUCCAGGAGUUGCUUUCUUUCUGCCCUAGGAAAGCUUUGAAUUUCUUAUUUUCAGGUAAACGAUUUUGGCAGUGCCCGGAGAAGGAUGGAAGUAAGACCCAAAGAGGAACUUCCCGCAUGUUAUGGGAGAGCCCCUGGGGCGAGGAGGCGAGGGCAGCCUUCCCCAGGCCAAGGGAGCAGCCAUCGCUCUUGGAUCUGUUUUUCCUCAAGCGUCUGUCCUGUGGGGCCUAGUCCCCAGCUGCAGUCCUGGACCUAAUGGGAGAAGGGGCUGGGGGAAGAGGGCGCACCCCCAGCUCGGGACCCACGGCAGCCCUAGCCAGUCCCCCACUCUCUCCCUCUCUAGGGGCCUCUCUCUGAAAUUUGGUCCUCCUCCUGCAGGACAGCAGAGUGUAAGCCAGGGCCUGGGACCCUCUGGUUGGGCAAGGAGGGACUGGAGUCCGGCUCCCGGCGACCCCGUCCCCAGUCCCAGCAGCGGGGUCGCCCGUGGCGGCGCAGACAGGCCACGGGUCCCUCUCCACAAGUCCCAUUACGUUGUAUUUAUGUUUCAUUUUAUUGUUUUUUUUUUCUCCUCCCUUAUUAUUGUCUCACUCUGGGGGAGGCAAAGGAUAUAAUAUAUUCAUCUUUAUUAUACCAAAUCUGUGUGAAGCAUUUAAUAAAACGCUGUUUCCACACAGCCAGGGAUAUUAGUGUGAGCUAUUCUUAAGUUAAUGCUCCUG